AUGUCUGCCUUCUCCAGAACAUCUCGCCUCCUGCCGAACCUGGUUCGCUCUCAAAACCUCAUCAGCCGAUCUUUCGCGACAUCGACCGCCAGAAUGGGCCUCACGCAAGCGCAGAUCGACAUCGUCAAGUCGACCGCACCCGUGCUCAAGGUGCACGGCGAGACCAUCACGACCCUGUUCUACAAGGACAUGAUCGACACCCACCCGGAGCUCAAGAACGUCUUCAGCCUGCGCAACCAGGCCAACGGCGAGCAGCCCCGCGCGCUCGCCAACUCCGUGCUGGCCUACGCCACCUACAUCGACGACCUCCCCAAGCUGAAGGCCGCCGUCGAGCGCAUCGCGCACAAGCACGCGUCUCUGUACAUCCAGCCGGAGCAGUACGACAUCGUCGGGACGCACCUCAUGAAGGCCAUCGGCGAGGUGCUGGGCGACGCUCUGACGCCCGAGAUCGCGGAGGCCUGGACGGCGGCGUACGGACAGCUCGCGCAGGUGUUCAUCGGCCGCGAGGCCGAGAUGUACAGCGCGACCGGAGGCUGGAAGAGCUGGCGCAAGUUCAGGAUCGUCCGCCGCGUCGACGAGUCGGAUGUCGUCACCAGCUUCUACCUCGCGCCCGUUGACGGCAAGCUGCCGCUCCCCAAGUAUCUCCCGGGCCAGUACAUCUCGCUGCAGGUGCCCGUUCCGGAACUGGGCGGCAUCACGCAGCCCAGACAAUACUCCCUGAGUGAUGCGCACAACUCGGGCGAGUACUACCGCAUCAGCGUCAAGCGCGAGGCGACGGUCUUGGACGGCAGCGCGGAGGAUAAGGGCAAGGGUCUCGUGACGGGCUUGAUCUCGAACCUUUUGCACGACAAGUACAAGGUCGGCGACGAGGUCGAGCUGUCGCACCCGCAGGGCGAGUUCUUCCUGGACGUCAAGGAGGCGGAGAAGGCGGAUGUGCCUUUGGUGCUGCUGUCCGCCGGCGUCGGCGCCACGCCGUUGAUGUCCAUCCUCGAGACGGUGCUCAGCCCGGAGAGCACGACGCCCAACAGGCCCAUCAAGUGGGUGCAUGCGGCGCGCAACAGCUCCAGCCUGGUGUUCGCGAAGCACAUCCGAGACCUGACCCGCCAGAAGGAGAACGUCAGCGCUCACAUCUUCUUGAAUGAGGUCAAGGAGGGGGACCAGAAGGGACAGGAGUACGACUACGAGCAGCACCUCGAUCUCACCAAGAUCCCCGCCGAGGAACUCGGGCUCGCCGACAAGAGGACCGAGUACUACGUCUGCGGGCCGAGAGACUGGAUGCUCAAGGUGAGACUCGUCCUCGAGGGUCUGGGGGUCGAGAGGGAGAGGGUCAAGCUGGAGCUGUUUGCGACCGGUGACGUCGAGCAGUGA